GACACACAUGGGAAUUGUGGGAAUUGUUAGGUUUUUUGAGUAAAAGAAUCAAAACAAGGCAAAAAGAUGGCAACGGCAUCGGCAAGAGCCUUAUCGGAACGUCGGCGGAGCUCAGUUUUCCGGAGCCGCGAUGAAGAGGAUUGUGGAAAACUGACAGGGACCGACGACGACACUUGUACUUCUAAGGAUGUCGGCGGUGGCGGAGGAACGUUCCCAGAUCAGGAAGAUGGAGUGGAGACCAUUUCUAUCGAGGGAACAGUCAAACCUAGCGUACAGCGUCCCAAGGUGAUGAGCGCCGAGGAGCGGGAGCGUCUCCGCGCUCUGUUCGACGCUUACGACACGGACGGGUCGGGCAGUAUUGAGCGCGAUGAGUUCUUCACUAUCUGUACGGAGCUCCAGGUCAGCCCGAGCGAGGCCGAGCGCCUCUUCAACAGACUGGACGUGGACAAGGACGGCACUAUCACGCUGCCCGAGUUUAUCAGCGGCUUCCACGAACGACACCGCACGGACGUAGAGCAGCAACCCAGACAGCAGCAGGAGGACGACGACGACGAACCUUGCGCCGCCGCCUGGGAGGACUUCGCGGCCCGGCUGGGGGAACAGAACAAGUUCAUUCCCAAACAAGAGCAAGUAGCGACAUUGUACCAGAACAUCAGCCUGAACGAGCCCAGGCUCAUUCCUCAGCUGGAGAAAGUCCUGCUUAGCUUCACCAAGGAGAUCAAACAGCAGAAUGUGGAAAUGGAGAACUUGGCACUGGCCAUCAGGCGCGCGCAGGAUCAAGCGUCCAUGCAGCUUAGCGAGAUGGAGGAGGAGAUGGACCAACGCAUACACACAACUGAGAGGAAAGCGCGUGAGCAGGAAAAGAAGCGAGGGGCAGCUGAACUUGACGAUUUGCGAAGAACUUAUGAGACAGAAGUCUGUGAGCUACAGUGUAAGAUCCAAAGGAUGCAAAUGAUCGAGGAAAAGUACAAGAACAUCACAGUAAAUGAUGAGAGUCCAGCCCUGAAGAAAAGGAUCAACGAGCUCACUCUGGAGAACCAGCGGUUUAAACAGGACCUGCUCAGGUCUCAGACCAAAGUGGCGUGUCUCCAGAGUGACAUGGAUUCACUCAAGACCGAGCUCACUGACCAAAGCAUCAACUAUGAAAGAGAUGAGGAGCUGAUGAAACAUUUUGCUGAAGAGCGGGACAUCUUGGAGAGCCAGAUUGAGAUCCUACAGGAGGCCAACAGGAAGCUCCAUGACAGCAAUGAUGGUCUGCGAGCUGCUUUGGAGAGGACCACGAAGUCAAGUGGCGGCGGGUCCUCCAGCAACACAAAGGAUAGAAACAGAAGUAAAAGCAUCGGCUACCAGUCACCGUAUGCGCUGGACAGGUUCUGCCAGCGCCCAGAAGACUACCCUAAUUAUGGCCGUCGUCCCAGCAGCGACUCGCUGGCCCUGGCGUUGUGCGACCCAGGACUUAGAAGGCGGAACAGCAGUGAAUGCGAGGAGGACAGCCUGCCCGAGAUCUACAUGGACAGCGGUCUGUCCACGUUGAGAGGCUCUCACGGCGGAUACGACUCGGAGCAGGAGGUCAAAGGCCUGGAAGAGGAGGAGGGUGAUGUGGAGGAGAGCGUGAGCAAAAAAAAAGAGGAGUUCACUACCAGCCGCUUAAUUGACGACGCUGAGCCAGCAGAGACACAGGAUGCCGAGUCAGCGUUUGGUUCCGACUGCAGCUCCGUUCUGGACUGGAAGCCGUCCGAACCCGUUCCAGCCCCACCACUUGUCCCCCCUACCAUCCGAAAAGCUGUCAGCGCAAUCAGUGUGCAGAGGGAGGACAAAGACAGUGACCUUGGCUACAUGACAUCCGAGAAGGCCUACAGGAUUGUCAUGGCCGGAGACUCGGCUGUGGGCAAAUCUAGCUUCCUUCUGCGCCUCUGCAAGAAUGAGUUCAAAAUCAACUGCAACGCAACUCUUGGUGUGGAUUUCCAAAUGAAGACAUUCAUGGUGGACGGAGAGCCCACUCUGUUACAAAUUUGGGACACUGCUGGACAGGAAAGAUUCCGCAGCAUCGCAAAGUCUUACUUUCGGCGAGCAGACGGCGUGCUGCUGCUGUACGACGUGACGUGCGAAAAGAGCUUCCUGAGUGUGAGGGAGUGGGUGGACAUGAUUGAGGACAUGUCUCAGGAGGACAUCCCUAUCAUGCUGAUCGGUAACAAGUGUGAUCUCAGGCAAGGGGCAAGCAACAGUGUGCCCACCAGCUAUGGCGAGAAGCUGGCGAUGACCUACAAUACCUUGUUCUGUGAAACCAGCGCCAAAGAUGGCUCCAAUAUUCUGGAGGCAGUACUGCACCUUGCCAGAGAGGUGAUCAAACACGCAAAGUUGGAUGAGAAAAGUUACCAGUCACUGCCCAAGUUGGACGCUCCCAGGAAAAAGCCCAACUUCUCCUGCUGCACCUGAUCGACUCGCCAGGCCUGGAUUUUGUUUUAUAGAGGAAAGCAAAAUGCAGCAAAAGGAACAAAAACUUUGGGGUUUCGAGACACAUUUUAAUAUUUACUGAACUUUUUGAAGGUCUUGCCAUUUGGAAUGUUGGAAACUGCCAUGUGAUUGUUUACCUUCAUUUUACUUCACACAGAUGAAACAUGAAUGGUUUAUGAAAGAUGUAAACAUAUGUGUUAGAAUUUUAUUUGCUUGUUCUAAGAGUUUACUAUGGAAAAAAUAAGACUUCAUUUAGUUGUUUCGUGACAAUAAGGUCAAGAUUCCACUGAAAUGAUGUCUUCUUUAUUGCACAGGGGCUGAUUGUCCACAUUUUCAAACUUUGAAAAUUGUCUUAUUCAACCUAUUGUUCAUGAUUGUUGCCUUUCAGUGUUACUACUAGUACUAUAAAUGAUUUCAGAAAUUGAAAAUAUUUUUGCUCAUUCAUCCUGCCAGAUUUCUAUCAACUUCUAUUGUUAUACCCAGAAAAAGUAUACAAAACCAGACAAAUAUAUAAAUAACAACUAGGAGUUAUUGUACUUUUUCUUUAUCACAGUCAGUGACAUUUGUUCAGGAGAGGCAGAGUUUCAGCUGCAUGUGAAAAGUAAAAUGAUAAUUGUUUUUUUGAAAUAAUUAGUUUCCCAUUUUAGUCCGACAAGUUUGAACUUUGUAUUCUUUUUUUGAAUCAACUGAUGUCCAUGAUGUAAUCGUCAAAAUGUAACAUAGAGCAACAUGGGCAUCUACUGGUAAAAGAACUGUAGUACAUCAGAGGAUUGUGUUGGCAAGUGCCUCCUCGGUCUCUCUGCAUCUCAAAUUCUGAGUUCUGUUGAUCAUACAGUG